CCAUCCAGGGCAGUAGGGUAUUUCUUUUGUGUGGAAAGUUAACAGGACAAUGAAGAAACAGACACGGACAAAAACAAAAGACCGCCGUUUUCAAUCGGGAAAUGAUUUAAUAUUAUUUUGAUCUCAUUCUUGGAUGAACGUGUGACGGCAUACUAAUAUUUCGCCUCGUAACUACUGAACGACUCGAAACUAUUUUCGGAGCAGUUUUGCAGACUGGGUACAGUAGUUAUACUAACUACCCAUGGGUGGUUAAUUGUUGGGAGUUGUGUGGAGGGAUUAAUUCAACGCAACACAACCCUCCUCUAACCAUACUGUGAGUAAGAGAAAAAAAGGGAAAAAAUUUGCUUCCUUUUACUUUGGCUGACUUUGUCACCCCCCUCCCAAAAAAAUAUUUCCAUUGCUCAAUAUUUGAUCCCUGUCGCGGCACAUCUUGGGGGCGACAUACAUCUGGCGACAACCGUCUUUUCGUACCGAGCGUCGGGGAAGAUGGCAUCCCAGCGGAGACGCGCUUGUGCCGGACUGUGGAAACAAACAGCGGCGUCUUUCGUCCUGCUUCUCUGCAACAUGAUCUCGGUCAGUUCGGAUGAAGACUUCAAUGCAGAGGCAUGGCUGCGUCAGUUUGGAUACCUGUCUCAGGCGAGCAGACAGAUGUCCACCAUGCAGUCUGCUCAGAUCCUGUCAAAAGCCAUCAGGGACAUGCAGCGUUACUAUGGCCUGGAGGUGACUGGGGAGAUGGACCCUGCUACUGUAAAGGCCAUGCGUCGCCCUCGCUGCGGUCUCCCAGACAUCAUAAGAACAGAUGAGGUGGAGAAUGGCCCCAGAAGGAAACGCUAUGCUCUCACUGGGCAGCAGUGGGACAAGGACCACCUCACUUACAGUAUAAUGAACCAGCAAAUCCCCUACACCCUGGGUGAGGAGCGGACCUUUGAUGCCAUUCGCAAGGCCUUUGACGUGUGGGCACGAGUCACGCCACUCACCUUUGAGGAGUUACCCGCUGAAAACCAGAGCAAUAACAGUAGCCAGGGGGUGCUUGCUGAUAUCCUGUUGCUGUUUGCCUCUGGUUUCCAUGGUGAUAUGUCGCUGUUCGACGGCGAGGGGGGAUCGCUGGCGCACGCCUUCUACCCUGGGCCAGGAAUGGGUGGGGACACACACUUUGACUCAGACGAACCCUGGACACUGGAUAACCAGGAUCCUGCAGGUAUAGAUCUCUUCCUGGUAGCAGUCCAUGAGCUUGGUCACGCUUUGGGCCUGGAGCACUCUGAUAACCCUAAUGCCAUAAUGGCUCCUUUCUACCAAUGGAUUAAUACACAAAACUUCACACUGCAUGAAGAUGAUGUUAGGGGAAUACAGUAUAUAUAUGGCCUGCCUCUCAUCACCGAUGCUCCCCCCAGCUCUUCUCCCGACUCCACCCCAGACAACAAGCCUAGCGGGGAAUCCACCAUAUCUCCCCCUCCCUCCGAGGAAGAGCCCACCCUCCGCUCCCAAACGCACUCACCGUUUGAUACCCCGAACCCCACGGAUGAUGCAACCGAUUCCUCCACUCAUCCAGAGCCUGGCCCAGGCCUUACCCCAACCUCGACUCCUGUCUUCCCAAAUCCAAGCCCCAGUUCUGUUGACCCUGAGCCUGAGCCGGACCCUGUUACCCCAACUAUUAGAAAAGAUGUUCCUCCUCCUCCCCGCCCUCCCUCUCCUCCUCAGCCUCCUAAGCAGCCGAAUAACCAGGGCCCCGACAUCUGUGACGGAGAAUUUGACACUGUCACCAUGCUGAGAGGGGAGAUGUUUGUUUUCAAGGGGCGUUGGUUCUGGCGGGUGCGGAGAAACAGGGUCCUGGAUAACUACCCCAUGCCUAUAUCUGUCUUCUGGAUCGGUCUGCCCAGUGACAUAGAUGCAGCCUAUGAACGACACGAUGGCAAAUUUGUCUUCUUCAAAGAUGACAGAUACUGGGUGUUCAGGGAGGCAGAUGUGCUACCAGGAUACCCUCAGCCACUACAAGAGUAUGGACAGGGUGUACCUCCGUACGGGAUAGAUACAGCAAUCUGGUGGGAGCCUAAUGGAUACACAUACUUCUUCGGGGGAGACCGGUACUGGAGAUACAAUGAGGAGACUCGAACUACUGACUUCGACUAUCCCAAACCACUCAGCAGAUGGGGAGGCAUCCCAUCUUCAGUCAAAGGAGCCUUCCUCAGUGAUGAUGGAGCAUACACCUAUUUCUACAAAGGCUCCAGUUACUGGAGGGUUGACAACCACAGAGUAACAACAGACAAAGGAUACCCUCGCUCCAUCCUCAAGGAUUUCAUGGGCUGUACAGGCGUCCCUGACCCUGAUCCUGAUACAGACACAGAUACAAACAAAGACAGAAAGCAGCCUACGGCAGACAAACCCAUUAACCCCUCGAACAGAGACAGAGAUAAGCAUGGAGAGCGAGAUGGCGGCUGGGACAGAGGCAGCGACCCAGACAAGGACCAAACUUCAAACGAGGACUAUAACCCAGACAGCACGGACGGACAGGAGGAUAAUGAGAGGGACAAAGAGGUGAAUGUGGUUGUCAGAGUAGCUGAUAAUGAAUCAAAGAUCAUGACCCUGAUCAUGGUGACCGUUCCACUGGUGCUGAUUCUGUGUAUCCUUGUCCUGAUCUACGCCAUACUUAGGACACUGCAGAAGAAAGAGACGCCGAGAGCUCUAGUCCACUGCAAACGCUCGUUGCAGGACUGGGUGUGAGGCAUGAAAUUAGGGCAGAUGGAAUGGGUGCUCCGAUUCAAAUAAUUGUCAUUGAUGGUCACUUUUGCCGGUACAGUGACAAUUACUGGCAUCAAAGCUUUGGUACUGUUGUCAUGAAUUUCACUCACCACUGCAGUUCAGUUAAGCAUGCACAUGUUUCUUGUCUCAUGGACACACAAGACAAAUGCCUGUUUUCUAUAACAAUGUCAUAAGAGGACAUGUAGCAGUCAUUUUACAGUACAUGCUGUACUGUAGCAAAUUUCCAUGAGGAUCUCUUUUCUAUCAAUUCUAAUUCAGCAGAUUGAGGGGGUUUUGCAUAAACAUGGACAUAGUUUAUAGUGCACAUACUGAACAGAAAAGCACAAAUGCCUACAUACACAAAACUUUUUGAGUGCACAUUAAUUAGGACAUUAAAUAAAAAAUGCAAACAAAAAUACAAAAUCAUGCAAUAAUAUGAACAGUACACUCUAUCCCUGUCUUUUGGCUGUGGUGCUUCAGCCAGUCUCGAGUUUCUCUGUCUUUUAAUGACCGAUAAUUUGCACUUUUUAUGAUCCUCAGUCUGUCGGUGAUUGUUAUCUUUCUCUGUGUGUGAAUGCAGACAUGUUCAUUCACUUAUUAUUUGGCGUGAAGGUAAUGCAGAGCUCUCUGUGAAAGACCACAUAAAUAUACAGACGGCAACAGUGAAGCUAGCACUCCAGCCAACACAGGAAUGUCAGACAGCUGUGUGUGUUAUUGACCAUCUUCUCCCACCGGGCCCAUAACAUCUCUCUUCUAUCACACACAUGCCUGCAUGAUCAGACAUAUCUCAUAUUCUAAUAAAUAUAGCUGCACUCAAGUCCAUAAUCUUUGCAUGCAUACCUACAUAUAUAAGAAUGCUCACACACAUACAUGCAAAUACACACACACACAAGCUCAUUAGUGCAUGCGUGCUGCCUGCACACACACACACACAUACAUAUGGACACAAGACAUACAGACACAAAGAAUGCUUACCCAAACAAAGGCACAUACAGUUUUUGCACACAGACACACUGGCACCGACCCUCCUCCCACCCAGCCCUACCACAAUAAUUGUCCAAACCGUGCUAUCCCCGAAAAACACUGAGUCCAGCAGAGAGAAGUUAGUAAAAUGGGUCCCUCAACUGGGAUAAAAUAAAGAGGGCAGCUUUGCUCACAUUUAACCAGGAGAAUGGAGAUUCGUUAUUUUUAUUAGCAGAAUCAUUUCCUGGCAGGUACUGUGAUCUCACACACACACACACACACACACACACACACACACACACACACACACACACACACACACACACACACCAGCAUGCGUUGUGAUUAUAAGGGUCCAAAACUUGGUGGCAGUAUUAUUCAUUCAACAGCUUGUCUCUUUUGUCUCUUGCUCAGCACAGUUUUGUUUCCUAUUGCCUGUUUUGCUCAUGCACAGGCUAAGUGCAGUACAUAGAGUACAGUAAAGCUGAUGCGGCAUAGAGGGAAGAAGCCUUGCAGGCAAGAGGGGAAUGGGUCAGGGUCUGGUUUCAAUUAAAUCCACAUGUUGCUGAUUUAGUUGUGUCAGGCUUGCUGGUGACUUGCGGGGUGAGAGAAAAAUGCAAGGGAGAGGCAAGGGGGAGCAGGGGAAAAAGACAAGAGUGUGAGGUGGAUUGAAAAUGGGGUGGGAGGAGUAUGGAAGUGAGAAAGGGGGUACGAAGGAGAGAAAGUAAUGAAAUAGAGGAUGAGAGAUUGCGGCCAAGCUAAGAAGGCAAGGAACGAAGAGGAGGGAGGGAAAUAAUGAGCCAGAGGGGAGGGGCUUGGGACACUGGCCAGCAUUUCCUUUGCUUGAGUUGCAGUCUUCUCUGGAAAGGAGGAGGAGGAGGAGGAGGGAGGAAAGGGAUUGUGGGGAAGGGCAGCGCUGGCGUUGUGCCUCAUGACCUAGAUCGGCCAAUUCCUCUUCUCUCUUAACUUUUUCUUGUUCUCUUUCUGUUUUGUUGUGUGAGAGCUGGGCCGUCGAUGUUUUCCUUUGGGAUCCCCCUCUUCCUAUCCUCCUUCAGCUUCUGCUCUGCUUCUCAUUUGCUUUUUCUCUAUCUUCGCCAUUGUUGCUUCAUUACCAUUCUGUACUGAUCUCUCUUUGUUUUGGUGUCCCUUGUUUUGCCCCGUCACACAUAUUAAUGUGCUUCUUCAGUUUGGAAACUAGUAUGACCUAGCUCAGCUGAACCAUGCUAAUACUUGAUGCACAUAAAUCUAUAUAUUAAGUAUCCUUAUUAGACCUGUAAAUAUAUAAAAUUGUUUUUGCAACGGGGAAAGUGAAACAUUGUUAUAAUGUGGUGAAUUACUUUGCUUGUUUGUGUUAAAGUCUUGAAAUCUGUUCCAAGUAAAUGUCCUAUAUCCUUCUUUUUUUGUGUAUGUGUUUGUCUUGUUAACGGAGGUUCUUUCAUUUUCUGUCCCUGUUUCUCUCCUUUCCAUCUAUUUCAAACACACACACACACACACACACACACACACACACACACACACACACACACACACACACACACACACCGAGUAGCCGAGCUAAAUGUGUUGUAACACCUCAAGUGCUGUAUGUAAUGUGCAAUGGACUAAGGAGGACUGUUGGGUUAUAGAGAAGUUUAUUUCUCUGCAUAAAGCCACUAUGCACAUGGUCUCAUACAUUACCUUUGCUGCAGGUUUGCUAUUGCAAGCUGUCCUACUGUACAUGUGUUUUGUUUUGGCUUCUAAUGGCAUUAGAUUUGUCAGUAUUAUCUGAUAAGUUCUCCUGUGCUUUUUAUCUGUUUUGGAUCAGAUUUAUGUAAGACAUUGUUCUUAAAAACUGUUGGAGGGGGAAGUCUUUUUUUCUUCUAACAAAUCUGGAUUCCUUUCUGUUUUUAUUCUUGUUAUCAUUUGUAGUAUGGCCAGUUUUGUUUCUGUAUGUGCUCUUUAGUGACUGGCAGAAUGGCAGUACAUUAUUGUGAUUAUGAUGCAUGCAGGGCAUGUUCUGUAGAGCCUGUGCACUCCUGUAGAGAGGUUUAAAAAGUUCACAAUAAAAUCACAGCUAAAAGCAAACAAA